GCCAGAUCUAGCGCCACUGAUCAAAACGCAGCCAUCAGCCGCUCAGACCCAACACAACGUUGAUGCCACAGGCGGGCAACCUUUGGAUGAUGCAGCUUCUGCGCGCAAUAACUACAACUCUCUAAACGGUGGUAGCUCUGGCGCGCCAGCAACGCCAACUGCGUAUAUCGUGGACCCAUCUUCCUCUGUUCCACAAAACAUUGUUGAUUAUUCACCCUCCACUGCCUAUAGCCCGAGGAUGUCUACGAUCCCGAUCCCCGAGGAUGUAGAGCGUCACCAAACUCCACAUGCCUCUCACACUUAUCCCGCACCCGUGACUCGAUACAACACAUCUGCGCGGUCGGCGUCUGUUUCCCCAAUCCCACCUGCCCUUGUCCAUCAACCAGAUUAUCCCGGACCCCCUAUCGGGCCACAGCAUCCGCCCGACCUAUUGCUUUUCAAUAGCCCUCCGUCGGAGCUUCGCGUGUCUGAUUCUACCGAACCUUCUAUGUCUCCCAAGUCUGUCCCGGGUAACAUGGGACCCGAAGAGAGCCUCGCUUAUGGACAUACCAAUACGGUGCCUCGUUCGCUUUCCAUUUCGACACCUAAGCUUUCCGAACCGUCUAGCAUACCCAUGGAUAACCCUCGGCGUGCUUCAUGGAUGGUGCCGUUCGCUUCAACGGGACGCCAUUUUGACAUUGGAUCGUCGCUUUUGCAGGCGGAGCUCACUGCCCCCCAAACAAGCAGCUUCCAACAGACGCUUGCCGAGUUCAUUCUUUGGGAUACGCACAGCUCGAGAAUUCCGUCCCAAUAUUAUAUAUCUACCUUCCGAGGGACGAGUCAGUAUGCUGUCGGAGGUUUAUCCGCUUGCGGCUUCGCCUGUUUGCUUGCCGCAAAAAGGAUCCUGCUGCUAGGCCGAUCGUGUCGCUCUGGAUCUUCCGAGGUCUCCGAAUUUGCGAGAACCAUUGAUGAUGUGCAUUUUCAUCAGUCCAUCAUCGAACCUUGUGCCAAGUUAGACUCGACGAGUCAUUUUGAGGUGGAGGAUAUAUUAGCGCUGCCAAUGUUUCGCUACUCUUUGCGGCUCGUAAGUACAAUGUACCAGCAGUGCAGAGUGGAGCAUUUUGCCAAGCUUGUUGAGUGAGUGCGCCUGUGCCUCUGUUGACAAUGGGCCCAUGUUUUCAUCUCUAACGUGAUGUCUAUGUUGUAGGGAUUUGCAAAUCACUGCCAUAUCGAAUGGUGGAGAUAUCGCUGCCGUGAUUACUCGACCCCCAGAGAUAGUGAUUCUCUUUUUCCUCACGUUGAGGCACAAUGCAGCAUCGCGUUCAUCAACGGCAACAUCGCCAACUCGCAAUGUCUUUGCUGUAUUCGAUUCACAUAGUCGUUCCAACGGCAA